AUGCCACCAACAACACGAACUAGAACAGGGAAACUACCUACGAAAGUCCUACCUCCAUCCCACGACAUCGAAGAUAUUGAAGAUAUCGAAGACGUCGAGGAAACAGAAGAUAUCGAGAUCAUAAAGCGCAUUGACGAUGGUGAGAUAGACCUAGAUGGCCCAACGCUGAUCGACCCAACACCUCAACCAGAAAGAUUCGUCUUCGAGACAUUCACGACCUUCAAAUCGAAGAAUCACCUCAGAGAUGGACUCAGUCUCGUACGCCAUUUGGGCGGUGGGAAGUACGAAAUCGUCAGUCUCCAACAUUCCAACCCUGAUAUCAUGGGCUCUGAAGAGGUUGGCGAUUAUUUGAGGAGUGAACCGAAAAGAUUGGAGCUUUUCAACGAGGCAAAGGAGGGGUUUGAGGUUUCUAAGGUGAAUAUUGAGCAAGCUGCGGAUAGUGCGAAUCUCAAGAUUUUUCGCUUCUUGAAAUUACCAGCUGAACUUCGGCUUCGUGUAUAUGAUUUCACUGUGAAGGCAGAUGUGCCGCUUAGAUACAAAGCAACAGAUGGCAAAACACAAACAAAGCUGGCUCUCAAUAUCAGAGGAGUCAAUAAGCAAAUCAACCGAGAGUCCUCCAGCAUCUUCUUCAGAAACACAUUUCGAAUCCAGGAAGCGCGCAAACAUUUAGCUAUGUACCGAACUUACCAGGCUAUCAGUCCAAGUUUACGAGAGGUAACAUUCGAGUGGUGGGCUUGGGCCAUCAAGGAUAAAAACGCUUUAGAAUUGAUUGGUACCUUUCCAAACGUCAAGAUCUUCAACUUAGUGGUCACACAAUUUUGCGUCAACAGAGACUUCUUCGCCAACAGCCAGAGACGCCAGUAUUUACAUCAAGAUGUUGAUGGUAUCGACAAUUUCAAGAGAACGAAUGGCUUCGACGCGCUCAUGGCGUUGAGAGGAUUUGAGAAGGUCAACGUCAUCAGCUCCAAGAUGCACAGUCCAGACCGUGAGGUUUCCCUGAAGGAGAUGCUCCGAUUUGAGAAGUUUCUCAAUGAGCACUUGACGGCGCCAAGAGUAGUUCGAACCAAACCCAAGCCCAAGGAUGUUGUCGGUGCAUUGAAGGGUGUAAAGGGUGUAAAGGAUGUUGCCGGUGGGGCACUGAAGAGAAAGCGACGAACUCAAAAUAUGGCGGACGACGGAGACGAGUCGGAGGACUUAAAUUACAAGCCUUCUCAAUCUCGCCGUCGUGCUCGCUAA